AUGGGCGCGGUUGACCCCACAUAUCCCUUGUACCCCAUUGCCUGCAUAUUGGCCGCAGCUGCACUGUUUCUGGUACUCCUCAGUGCCUUCAUACGGCGAAAUUGGAAUCUGGGCGUCGCCUUCCUCUCUCUUUGGCUCUUCCUCGAAAACAUAGCCAAUGGCGUGGACGCCAUUGUAUGGUCCGAUAAUGCAGAGGUCAGACUGUAUGCGUACUGUGACCUUGUGUCGCGUCUCAAAGUUGCUGCUUACAUCGGAAGGCCUCUAGCGACCUUCAUCAUCACACGCCGUCUGUUUCUUAUCGCUAGUCUUCGGUCUGUGAAGCUUCUCAGCGACACCUCAAGACGGCGAGCUUCUAUCAUAGAGUGGGUCUUAGGCCUGCUCGUUCCCCUGGUCAUUGCUGGUCCUGUAUAUUACGUACACCAAGGCUCCCGAUUUGGAGUGCAAGAAGGAUUUGGGUGCUCAGAUGUUCUACAGACAUCGAUACUCGAGAUUUUGACCAUCAGGUCAUGGACCCUCAUACCGCCAUUUGUAUCAGUUGUCUUCUACUAUCCUCUGAGUCUGCGAGUAUUCUAUCGACGGAGUCGUGAUCUCCAUGCUUUCCUGCAAAGCAGCGAAUCGGACUCUCGAACGAACUAUGCUCGGAUCCUCGCCCUUGCCAGCAUCGACCUUGUACUCGCGCUUCCAAUCAACAUAACGAUUACUGUCCUGAACCUCACGUCGUCGGUGGCCCAUAACGGAUCGUUGCCUUUCUAUCAGGGUUGGACGUCGAUACACGACUGGACGAGUCCUUCCAGCUAUAGCUAUGCGAAUCUCAUAGCUAGCGGAACUUCCGAUGUCGUACAAUUCUACUUCACUUAUUGGACCAGACCUAUCGUCGCCUUUGUCAUAUUCGGCCUCUUUGGACUAACAUCCGAGGCUCGUGCAUCUUACGGGCGUGUCAUCUACAUCAUCGGCGGAUGGCUGGGGUGGAAGCCGCCCCCUCGUACGCGGGAGGACUCAGGACGCUCAUCACUCGGGGAGAUAGUAUUCGAUAUACGAGCACAACACUCGCCACUGAGUGAUGUCGAGAUGGGACCCGGGCCGCACAGCCCAGGUCUUCUGACCCUCGUAACACCUGUCAUCAACAUCACGAAACAAGAUGCCGUACAUAUAGCAAACAAAAAUACCCUGCGUGAUCCGGACCCGGAGUCGAUGGGCAGUAUGCGUGCCGAAAAUGACAGUCGAAUGUCGGAUGUCAGUCGCUCCGGUACAUGCGCUCGCACGCUGAAAGGCAGUACCAGCGGCAUCAUGCGUGGUUCAUGA